AUGGGCGACUACGACUACCUCAUCAAGUUCUUGGCCCUCGGGGACUCGGGUGUGGGAAAGACAUCCUUCUUGCAUCGAUACACUGACAACACCUUCACUGGUCAGUUCAUUUCCACUGUAGGAAUCGAUUUUAAAGAGAAGAAAGUGCCACCAGUGCCAGCCGUUUUCGCUACAGACGGUGGGGCGUGCCUGUGGAGAGAAACGGAGAAUGGCCUAGGUUUGGCGCGACGCCAGCCCAGUUGUCGUCGGUCACCUGCUUCAGCAAAUGCUGGAGAUACGGCACAUUCGGGACACAUUUUCACACUCUUUUAA